AUGUCCGGAUUUGCACGAUGCCUACCCCCCUCCAACCAGGGCUUCAUGUCCGGAAAAAACGAUGCCUCCCCCUCCCGGCCACUAGGAUCCAUGUCCGGAAGCCGAAGAAGCCUCCCCCGGGAUAAUCGGGGGUCCUCCCGACUGAAUAUCGCUGGCCUUUUGUACGCCGGAGGGUCUUUGUUAAUUUCAUUUGCACCCCCUUUCCCACUCGUGAUAACUGGGCUUGGGUUGAUGGGGUUCGGCGGAGGCUUCUACGAAGCCUGUUUAACCAGUAUUGUUUCUCAUUUUGAUAACAGCAAAUUUAUGAAUAUAUUGUAUGCGUUCUUCGGGCUUGGGGCGUUGGUCUCUCCUUUUAUUAUAGGAGCGCUAGUUAAGGCUGGCGUUCCAUGGAACACGUAUUAUUGGUUCCCUCUUUCUCUUGCUUUGCUUGUUACCCUUUGCCAUGUUGUACUCUUCAAAGAUUAUGUUACCCCAUCCGACCACGAGCAUCAUGAAAAUACUGAGCAACGAAGCGCACGAGGAGCACUGGCAGUGUUGUGGAACUUCACUUCUCCUUUCACCAACUGGGCAACUAUUGCUAUCGCUGGAUUUUUCCUGGGUCCUAACACACCUGGUAUUCUCUCGAUAGUUUCUGCUCGUGUCCCACCGAGUUUGAAGGGUAUAGUCAUAUCUAUUACCAUCGGAUUGGGCCUUGUUGGUGCCACUCUUGGUCCACUACUUUUCGGCAUAGUAGUAGGGAAGGUUGGUCCUGGUCUACGGAUUCUGCCGCCCGUAAUAAUUGUUCUGGCCUCGCUCUCGGCCAUCACUUUCUGGACCAUCCCCCCUCGCACAAAGCGUGACUGA